AUGGCCAUGUCUCCAUUAGACGCAGCAGAUGCUGAGAAAGCACUACACGAACUCGAGAGCUUCCUGGAGAAACCCCAAUCUCGAAAGCACAAUCGGACUGUCUCUUUCGGGAAGCUAGACUUGCCUGAGUAUUCAGUAAAGAAGGACGUCAAGGCCAAUUUAAGUCGCACCGCGUAUCUCGACGGCCUUAGAGGCUUUGCAGCACUGCUGGUGUACUCCCUGCACCAUCAGGUUUGGGCCCACUCUGGCAUGGGUGGCGAGUUCAUCCUAGAGAACGCUUUCGGCUGGGAUCACAAAUACUAUUUUGUUUGCUUUCCUGGAAUUAGGAUCCUCUUCUCAGGCGGUCAUCUGGCAGUGGCAAUCUUUUUUGUCAUAUCAGGCUAUGUGCUGACCGCGAAACCGCUGCGACUGCUACAAGCUCGAGAGUCAGCACAGCUAGCAGAUAAUCUCAGCUCCGCAUUGUUCAGACGUUGGAUCAGGCUCUUCAUUCCAGUCAUUGCAACCACAUUUCUAUGGAUGACGAGCUGGCAUCUUUUUGGCAUCAAAUCGAGCAAUCCAAUAGCUGCACCACCUGAGAGAACAUAUCUGGACGAGGUGUGGAAAUGGUACUGCGAUUUCAAGAAUUAUAGCUUCAUAUUCACUGGUGAUGCAUGGAAUGCAUACAACGACCACACAUGGUCAAUCCCAAUGGAGUUCCGAGGAUCAAUUGUGGUGUAUACGGCAUCUCUGGCUUUCUCGCGAUUCAAGACCGACAAACGACUAUUAUGCGAAGUAGGCCUGAUCUGGUACUUCCUUUGGAUUGUAGACGGCUGGUUUUGCGCGCUGUUCAUGGUUGGCAUGCUUCUCGCAGACCUCGAUCUGUUGGCAGAGAAGGAUCGGUUGCCGGCAGUACUCGCUCGCUUGAGACCUUUUAAGCUGCCUUUGUGCUAUCUGAUGUUCUUUGCCGCUCUCUACCUUGGAGGUGUACCAUCCAUCACCAACGAUUUGAGCCAUUUACGAGACUCGCCGGGGUGGCACUUUUUAUCCUACCUCAAGCCACAGGCUGUUUACGACUUUCGCUGGUUCUUCCGAUUCUGGGCAGCAUCGCUCAUGGUGGCCUGCAUACCACACAUCGCUUGGCUAAAAGCCUUCUUCGAGACCACCUUUUGCCGAUACCUUGGCAGAAUCUCUUUCGGCUUUUACUUGGUACAUGGUCCAGUUCUUUGGACCGUGGGUGACCGCCUCUACGCGGCCGUCGGCCGAGUGCGUGAGGGGCACGUUGGGGUAGUGCCCACUUGGAUCAAUCUCUUCCCGUUCAGUGGGUGGGGACCGUUCGGCCUGGAGCUGAACUACCUUGUCCCACAUCUGAUCUUACUGCCACUUACGCUCUGCCUUGCGGAAGCCAUCACUAAGCUGAUCGAUGAGCCGAGCGUCAAGUUUGCCCAAUGGGCAUUUGGUCAGGAUGUGGCAGCACCGAAAAAGGCAGAUCCAUGA